UCCCUGCUUGAAAAGAAGGUUCCCAGCCAGGGCCCUUUCCCUCCGACCCCAGACCCAAGUCGCUCGCGCUGGUACUCGCCCGUGUCUGAGGAGAGGGACCGAGCUGAUCCCCGCUCGCAGCCGAGAUGCCCAAGAGGAAGGUCAGCUCCGCGGAAGGGGACGGACGGGAGGAGCCCAAGAGGAGGUCGGCAAGAUUGUCCGCCAAACCAGUCCUUGCAAAGGCCGAACCCAAGCCCAAAAAGGCCCCCGGGAAGGAUAAAUCAGAGGACAAAAAAGUUCACACAAAAGGAAAGAAAGGAGCAAAAGGAAAGCCAGCAGAAGUGACUAACCAAGAAGAGAAUAAAGAAGACGUGCCUACAGAAAAUGGAGAAACUAAAAACGAAGAGGGCCCAGUCUCUGAUUCAGCAGGAGAGAAAGAAACCAAAUCUGAAUAACAUCUUAUACCAAGUCUUUUGACAGUUGUCCCUGUUACCUCCCUUCUUGUACAAUUCAGAGGAAUAUUUUUAUCAACUAUUUUGUAAAUGCCAGUUUUUUAGUAGCUCUAGAAACACAUUUUUAAGGAGGCAACCCCACCUCAUCACAUUAAUUUUUUAAAACAUUUAGAUAAAUGUAAGCCAAUCUAAAGCGACUUUAUUUAGAAUCCUAUUUAAAGAGGUGAAAUCACGUACUGGUUGUUGGUUUGGUAUUUUGUUUUAAUGUGGCCAGAAAUUAAUAGAAUGUUGAUUAGGAAGGUGUUCGCUGUCUUGUGCAUAGGUUUAACAUUCCAUAAGCAGUUUUUACAUCAUUAAAUGAAGCAUAGGUGGCCAUUUGGAAUUUUGACCAUGAAUUUUAAAGAUCUUAUUUGAAUUCAUCUGUUUUCCAUCUUAUCUUUCGGUACAAUUUUUUCCUAAAUAAAACCACCCUGGUGUUGGAUCUUCCUUUCAGAAUUGUGUGCUAUCUGUGACACUGUCAUCUUUGGGUAGUUGUGGUACUAUUUUUUUCUAGUAACUUAGUUUAUGUACCGUAAAAGUUGGGAAAUGUAUAUAAUGAGUGUACUUUUAUCAAAUACAGAAUUAGUGGAAUUUUGUAAAAGAUGUAAUUCUCUAUCCAUAUUUGGGAUAUUGGUAUUUGAUAACCUCUUUAGGGAGAGUUGCCUUCAAACUUAGUAAGAAAGCCACUGGAAAAACCAUUUAGAAAAGGAUUACAACUACAUAAUUUUUUUAGAUUUUUUUCUAGCAUUUUUUUAAAUGUACAAAUUAGUUAUAGUGUAUAUGUACUGAUGACCAAACAAGAACUAAUAAAAUCUUGAUUAUAAAAGAA